AUGACGCUGCAACGACUGGCACAGAAGCGCAAAGUGGAGGUGAAUCAGCCGCCGGCGACACAGAGGACAUUGAUGAGUAUCCAAUAUCACGACGGCCCUCUGGUGAGAUUUAUGAAGAGGAAAGUUAAAACGGACAUGGAGACCGCCUUUCUGACCGUAGAUGAACAAAGAAGCCUGGAGCGAGAUCUGGCACGACUUCGAACAUCCAUCACGCGGGUCACUAGGUAUUGGUGCUCCGGAUGUGAUCGAACCGUCAAAGAGACACUCAGUACAGCAUGUUGUCGGCGCACCGUUAGAGGGCUAUGGGCAUCAAAUCUCCGGCUGCAGCUCGAGCGUUUAUUGCAAUUACAUGAUACAUCAAUAACAAAGACACUGGAAGGUCAAGAGCCACGGGAAAUCCGGCUACUAUUAAAUUAUGACGGCUAUUCACCCACGGGAUUGACGAGUUCCUCACUAUGGCCAUUUUUCUUGUCGCUUCUCGAUCUGCCCGAAUCAGAGCAGAUUAUCAUUGUCGAGCUGAGAGACAUAACUACUAUCACACUGGACGGACGGCUUUAUGCAGUCAAGUGUCGGAUUCACAAUAUCUCAGCAGAUGAUGAGGCAAAGCGUUUGUCGUUCGGCAUGGGCUCUUGCCAGUCGUCUGGCACUUGCUGGUAUUGUAGAAGCGAUCAAACCAGACACAAAUUUGCGUGGUACCCAGGAAGGGACGCGAGUCAGCAAUGCAUCGAAGCUGAACAGAAGCGGAAUGGCUUUACGUCACACAUACGCUCAAGGAUAUUAGAUAUGAUCGACAUCAACCAACUGCCGAUAGAUUAUUUACAUUGCUUUAGUGAGGGGAUCCUGAAAAAUUGGUUACAAAUUUGUCUACCCGGGCUCUUUGGCGUCGACAAGGUACGACGGCUGAUGGGGGCCCGGCUAGACGAACGGCUCGCCAUCAAAGGCGCGCUCCAGACGCGGCUGCCGCGCGGGUGUCAGACUAUCGGGAAGGUGACCAGAUUGACGGAAACCAGUGGGAAAUAUAAAGAAUCGUUCGCACUCUAUGUUGCUGGGCCGUUAAUGCUCAUGGCACCUUGUGAAAACACGGCGUUCGCUAUAUACGGAUUGGGCAUCUGUUGUUUGGCGCACGCAACAUACGACCGAUGUAUAAACCGUCGAUGGAAAGAGAUAGAAGUGCUUGUCGAUUCGCUGGGGAGGCUAGCAAAUCAACUCGAGCCCAAGCUCUUCACGUAUAAAGCCCAUAUGAUAUUCUAUCAUCUCGUGGAGCAUUGGCGAAAACACGGCACUCCGCAUCGUUAUUCGACAUCACUAUUUGAGUCGUGCAACGCGAAGCUGAAACUUGGGGUGUCAGCUAGUAUAUCUCGCGGAGGGAUGGCGCUAAUUGCGACUAGCCAAAUCGGCGAAUUAAUCUGUCAGCGGGAACUGCUCUUGCAAUUACGGGAUGCACCGGCCACCAAAGAGGACUUACGAUUCUUGCCUCAACCCGCGUCAAUGUUCCAAGAAAGGGCUGUUUCCUGGGGAAAAGUGCCCGAGCCGGCAAGGAGCAUGCUAGAAGACUGCAUGGCCGUCUGCAUCUUUUCCUCGUUUCACAUUGGAAGCAAGCUAUUGGUAAACUCCACGGUGCACCCCGCUAACUUCUACCGUGACGACGGGCUGAUGUAUGGGGAUGUGAGCGGUGAAGCGCGCCCUGCCCUAUUUCUCUACGCCUUCACCCGACCCGAUGGCUCGACUCACCUGUUGACUGAUGAGCCGCCCAGAAACUCCUCUGCUCUGGCG